UGUUGUUGUUGUUAGUUGAGUUUAGCUCUUCUAUAAAUUGUCUCCACUGUCCCCCACAGUUUUGCUUCCCCUUUCUUCCUCUUCCCAAAAUUUUCAUAUUGCUUCUCUAUAAUCUUUCUUCACCAUCGUAUAAACCAAUACAUAUAUCACUCUAUAUAUAUAUAUAUAUAUACAAGUAAUAUACAUAGAUAGAUACAAUACAAUACGUAUAGUAGUAUUAGAGAUUUCUGGGUUUAGGCUAAAAAGGAGAGAGAGAGCGACGAAAUCAAUAUCAAUGGAAGGAAGAAAGAAGAAGGCUUUACCUUCCUCCUCUUCUUCUUCUUCGUUAACCUCUGAGCUUUUUGGUUCUAGAGAUAACCCUUCUUCUCCUUCUCCUUCUUCUGGGGUUUUCGGAUCCAUCUUUGCUCCUCCUUCUACGGUUCUGGGUAGAGAAUCUAUGCGACAAGAGACUGUGACUGGUGGCUGGAACGACAAAACCUCUAAGACUGGUGAUGUUGAUAGAAACAGGGAACAUCAGGAGAAUCAUGGUUCAGCUUAUCAGCAGGAUCAGAGAGUACAACCUUGUCAUCUGAGUUCUUCCAUCUAUUACGGUGGCCCUGAUGUUUAUUUCCAGCCUCAGACUAAUUCCACUAUCAACUCUACGAACAAGAAAGAUGGAAGCGAAGAUGAUUCCGGAAGUGCAUCAAGAGGGAAUUGGUGGCAAGGAUCUCUCUAUUAUUAAGUAGAGAUCUUACUACGUAAGCAACUGUUAUAACUACAAAAGAGCAAGGUAAAUAGGAACAAAAAAGAAGAACAUAGAGUAGCUGUUGAUCCGUCGUUUGUAGUAACUUCUCAUCUUAUUAUUACAAAAGUAUGGAAGAAGUUUGAAGCUAGAGCUAGCUAGUUGCAAAAACAGGGGACUUUUUUUUUGGCCCUUGUCGUGGUUUAGUGAUUGACCCGACCGGUUCAGAUUUAGUUUUCCCUUUGUUAUAUAGAUAAAACCGUUGAUAGUUUUGUACAAAAACUCUAUAGAUCUCCAGUUUCCACGCAUAUAAAUAAAAUAAACUCUUUUUGGUUCUCUUUUAAUCGAAGGAAACAGUUGUAUUAGUUUGGUAUACACUUAUACUACUAUAUGAAUGUUUGGUUAUCUC